UUAGGAAAAAAAUGUCCUUUUCAAAUUGACGGUAUUUUAUUUAAAUUUUAUACUUACCUUUUUUUUCAAGAAGAAAAGUUUAAUAUAUUGAGAAAUUUGAUGCAAGGGAAAUAUGGAUGCCACACUUGCUGACUUAAUUGAUGUUAUCAGCGGCAUAGACCAGGAUAUUAAUUUUCUUGGACUUAGCUUGGUUUAUUUGCUGGAUUCCAAUUGUUUUGCUUACUGAUCACAGUAUAAUUUUUUUCCUUUCAACUCGGGAUUUGAUCUUGAAAAAUGUCUGCAAAUGGAUUCUUGCUUGAAGGUCCUUCUUACCAGGAUCAAUUCUCAGAAUACGAGGAUGAGGACGUGGUUCGUGCUAUUGGACUCUCUCUUCAAGAAUCAAACGGAAAAGACAUAUAUAUAGAUAAUUUGGAGUGUCAUCAGAACGAUGAAGUGGAAAUACUUGCAGAAAAGCUGGAAGAAAGCACAUUAUCUUCUGCAGAUUUGAGCACCAGCACUGAAGGCAGCGAACUGAAAUGGUGGAAACUAUUCAAGGAGUUCAAUCCAUCUGUCCAUACAUCAAAGGGCACUUCUUGGUGGAGAAAGAGUAGCAAGCGGUGCAAUACUCUUCUUUGUGAUGUUUGUGAGGAACAAAUUAGCUCGGAGUGGUUAAGGUGUACCUACUGGGGCCAGACUGUCCGUAAAAAGCAUAUAUCAGAUGGAACUCCCUGCUGCUGUGCCUGUUCUAGAUUUAAGAUAGGAGACAUCAGGUAUAUCACUCUGAGUGAUGGUCGACAACUUUGCCCUGAUUGUCAUUAUACAGCAGUGAUGGAUCCUGAAGACUGUAAGCCCCUUCUUGAUGAAGUUCACAGAUUUUUCAAAGGAUUAAACAUGAAAAUCAGAUAUUACAUUCCAAUUCUGCUUGUUGACCAAGAAGAGAUAAUAAGAAUCCAUAAAAAGAGCAUACUUGGCUCGACGAUUUAUGAGAAAUUUGAACUGGAAGCCGUAAAUUACGUUUCAAAAUCAAUACAAAGGGGUGAAAAUGUUGAAGUGGUGAAAGAAGUAGAACAACUACCUCCAGGACGCAAAGUGAGAGCAGUGCUGCUUUUAUACGGCUUUCCAAAGUUGGCCAUUGGAUCAACUUUGGCUCAUGAACUGAUGCAUGCUUGGAUGCGCGUUCAAGGCUAUAGAGGACUGUCCCUAAACAUUGCAGAAGGUCUUUCUCAGGUUAUGGCUCACAAGUGGCUAGAAUGGCAAUCUUUCACCGGCCAUGACUACAUGAAGGGUACAAGUGAAAAAGCUCAGUUCUUGAGAAAUUUGAAAGAAUUUAUGAAAGAUGGAAUAGAGAGAAGAUAUUCUGAGGCAUAUGGUCAUGGAUUUAGAGAAGCAAAAUGGGCAGUUGAACGUUAUGGUUUAAGAUACACACUAAAGCAUAUAGCUCGUAAGGGCAAGUUACCUGAAUGACUUAGUUCAGCAAAAUGGGCAGUUGAACGUUAUGGUUUUAGACACACACUCAAAUGGCCAGUUGAACAUAAUGGUUUAAGAUACACAAGGCAAGUUACCUGAAUGACUUGCUUGGGAGAGAAUCAAAAUGUGGGCAAUUGAACCCUCAUCAACAAAACAAAGUGAGAGAGUUCAGAUAGUCAACCAACUAAGCUACUAAGAUUUUCCUAAAUGACUCACUUCUUCAUGUGACAUUAUUAAUUUUUGUGUUAAUUCGUUCAUCAUUUGGAUGAAACUGAUGGUUCAUGGACAAACAUUUCUGUGAAAAACAUGUAAUUUUUUGUAAUUUACUUUUAUGACUCCAAAUUGAGGCCCUGAAAUUACAUGGGUAACACAAAAAGUACAUAGGGA